AGUGGCUCUCCGGAAGUGGCUCCGCGGAAGAAGCGUGGCUGCUUCCCUGGUCCUUCCUAACGCGGCGAGCUGAGCCGCCGGCACCAUGCAGUCGGACGAUGUAAUCUGGAAUACACUAGGAAACAAGCAAUUUUGUUCUUUCAAAAUAAGAACCAAGACUCAGGGCUUUUGCAGAAAUGAGUACAGUCUGACUGGUCUGUGCAACCGGUCGUCCUGUCCCCUGGCAAAUAGUCAGUACGCCACCGUCAAAGAAGAGAAAGGGCAGUGCUACCUGUACAUGAAAGUUAUAGAGCGAGCGGCUUUCCCUAGGCGUCUCUGGGAACGGGUCCGGCUUAGUAAAAACUAUGAGAAAGCACUGGAACAAAUAGAUGAAAAUCUGAUCUACUGGCCCCGCUUUAUCAGACACAAGUGUAAGCAGAGGUUUACCAAGAUAACCCAGUACCUGAUUCGAAUCAGAAAACUCACACUUAAGCGACGGAAGAAACUUGUUCCUUUGAGUAAGAAGGUUGAACGAAGGGAAAAACGAAGAGAGGAAAAAGCAUUAAUAGCUGCCCAGCUGGACAAUGCUAUUGAGAAGGAAUUGCUGGAGAGACUGAAACAAGAUACGUAUGGCGACAUCUACAACUUCCCCAUCCAUGCCUUUGACAAGGCCCUAGAGAAACAGGAAGCAGAAAGUGACUCUGAAGAUGAAGAAGAGGAGGAGGAGGAAGACGAAGAAGAGGAUGUGGGGAAAAGAGAGUUUGUAGAAGAUGAGGAGGUAGAGGGGAGUGACCUGAGUGACUUUGAGGAUAUGGAUAAACUGAAUACUGACAGUGAGGAAGACCAGGAUGAUGGAUCCGCCAGUGAAGAAGAGGCUCAUAAGGCCAAACACAAAGGCAAAGCACCCUUGAAAGGACCUUUGCGGAAAAAACGGGCCUACGUGGAAAUAGAGUAUGAACAGGAGACAGAGCCCAUGGCCAAAGUCAAAGCCACAUGANUUCCCUUCACACUGGCAGCUGUGCUCGCUCUCGUGUGUGCUGUUCCCUAAAGUAUUUAUAUUGUUAAUAUUUACGUCACUUCAGUGGAGCUGAAAUCUGGAGUGANUGUGAAAGAGCCUUGAGUUGAGAGGCGUAUUUUUAUAACACAUGCUGCGACAGCUUGAACCCAAGGAACCUAACAGAUGAGUUCCUGGAGCUGGAAUGGCACUGGCUGUAAAUAUUUCUAAAUUACUUAGAAAUGUCAGGAUUUCAAUUUUUUUUCUUACUCAGCUUUUCUUAUGCGGACAAAUGGAAGAGAUAAAAAUUUCAACUUACAAUAUUUUAGUAGAAAAAUAGAUUUUUUUUUUUUGCCCCCCAUAACUCUCCAUAUGACCUGGGAUAAGGAGAGCAGCCUCUUGUGCUGGU